AUGCCGCCGCUGCCGGGGCUCCCGCCGCUGCUCUGCCUGCUACUGCUGCCCGCGCUCCCCGCCGCACGAGGCCUGCGGUGUUCCCAGCCCGGCGAGACCUGCUUGAAUGGCGGGAAGUGUGAAGUGUUUGCCAACGGCUCGGAGGCCUGUGUCUGCAGCGGGGCCUUUGUGGGCCGACGGUGCCAGGCGCCCAGCCCCUGCCUCAGUGCCCCCUGUAAGAACGCAGGGACGUGCCACGUGCUGGAUGGUGGCAACGGUGUGGACUACUCCUGUACAUGCCGCCUGGGCUUCUCCGGGCCACUCUGCCUGACACCCCUGGACAACGCCUGCCUCACCAGCCCCUGCCGUAAUGGAGGCACCUGUGACCUGCUGACCCUUGAGGAGUACAAGUGCCGCUGCCCCCCAGGAUGGUCAGGGAAGACGUGCCAGCAGGCUGACCCCUGUGCAUCUAACCCCUGUGCCAACGGCGGCCAGUGCCUGCCCUUCGAGGCCUCCUACAUCUGCCGCUGCCCAUCCGGCUUCCACGGGCCCACCUGCCGGCAGGAUGUCAACGAGUGCAGUCAGGGCCCUGGGCCCUGCCGCAAUGGCGGCACCUGUCACAACGAGGUGGGCUCCUACCGGUGUGCCUGCCGGCCCACCCACGCCGGCCCCCACUGUGAGCUGCCUUACCUGCCCUGCAGCCCCUCGCCCUGCCAGAACGGGGGCACUUGCCGCCCCACGGGAGACACCACACAUGAGUGCGCCUGCCUGCCAGGCUUCACUGGUCAGAACUGUGAGGAGAACCUGGAUGACUGCCCGGGGAGCAGCUGCCGGAACGGGGGCACCUGUGUGGAUGGGGUCAACACCUACAAUUGCCGCUGCCCGCCUGAGUGGACAGGCCAGUACUGCACAGAGGAUGUGGAUGAGUGCCAGCUGAUGCCCAACGCCUGCCAGAAUGGCGGCACGUGCCACAACGCUCAGGGCGGCUACACCUGCGUGUGCGUCAACGGCUGGACGGGCGAGGACUGCAGUGAGAACAUCGACGACUGCGCCAAUGCUGCCUGCUUCCACGGCGCCACCUGCCACGACCGCGUGGCCUCCUUCUACUGCGAGUGCCCCCAUGGCCGCACAGGUCUCCUGUGCCACCUCAACGACGCAUGCAUCAGCAAUCCCUGCAACGAAGGGUCCAACUGCGACACCAACCCCGUCAACGGCAAGGCCAUCUGCACCUGCCCCUCAGGGUACACGGGGCCGGCCUGCAGCCAGGACGUGGACGAGUGCUCACUGGGCGCCAACCCCUGUGAGCACGCGGGCAAGUGCGUCAACACCCUGGGCUCCUUCGAGUGUCAGUGUCUGCAGGGCUACACGGGGCCCCGCUGUGAAAUCGACGUCAACGAGUGUGUGUCCAGCCCCUGCCAGAACGAUGCCACCUGCCUGGACCAGAUUGGGGAGUUCCAAUGCAUCUGCAUGCCCGGCUACGAGGGUAUUUACUGUGAGCUCAACACGGACGAAUGCGCCAGCAGCCCCUGUCUCCACGGCGGCCGGUGCCUGGACAAGAUCAACGAGUUCCAUUGCGAGUGCCCCACUGGCUUCACUGGGCACCUGUGCCAGUAUGACGUGGACGAGUGUGCCAGCACGCCCUGCGAGAACGGAGCCAAGUGCCUGGACGGGCCCAACACCUACACCUGCGUGUGCACGGAAGGCUACACAGGCACACACUGUGAGGUGGACAUCGAUGAGUGUGACCCUGACCCCUGUCACUAUGGCUCCUGCAAGGAUGGCAUUGCCACUUUUACCUGUGUCUGCCGGCCAGGCUACACUGGCCACCGCUGUGAGACCAACAUCAAUGAGUGCCACAGCCAGCCCUGCCGCCACGGGGGCACCUGCCAGGACCGCGACAAUGCCUACUUGUGCUUCUGCCUCAAGGGGACCUCAGGACCCAACUGUGAGGUCAACCUGGACGACUGUGCCAGCAGCCCCUGCGCCGCGGGCACCUGCCUGGACAAAAUCGAUGGCUACGAGUGUGUGUGCGAGCCGGGCUACACAGGGAGCAUGUGCAACAUCAACAUUGACGAGUGUGCAGGGGACCCCUGCCACAAUGGCGGCACCUGUGAGGACGGCAUCAAUGGCUUCACCUGCCGCUGCCCCGAGGGCUACCACGACCCCACCUGCCUGUCAGAAGUCAACGAGUGUGGCAGCAACCCCUGCAUCCAUGGAACCUGCUGGGACGGUCUCAACGGGUAUAAGUGUGACUGUGACCCUGGCUGGAGCGGAGCCAACUGUGACAUCAACAACAACGAAUGCGAGUCCAACCCCUGUGUCAACGGCGGUGCCUGCAAGGACAUGACCAGCGGCUACGUGUGCACGUGCCGGGAGGGCUUCAGCGGCCCCAACUGCCAGACGAACAUCAACGAGUGUGUGUCCAACCCGUGUCUGAACCAAGGCACUUGCAUCGAUGACGUGGCCGGGUACAAAUGCAAUUGUGUGCUGCCGUACACAGGAGCCGCCUGUGAAGUGGUACUGGCCCCGUGCGCGCCCGGCCCCUGCAGGAACGGGGGCGAGUGCAGGGCGUCUGAGGACUACGAGAGCUUCUCCUGCAUCUGCCCCCCGGGUUGGCAAGGGCAGACGUGCGAGAUUGAUAUCGACGAGUGUGUGAAGAGCUCCUGCCAGCAUGGUGCCUCCUGCCAGAACACCCUCGGGGGCUUCCACUGCCACUGCCUGGCCGGCUACACAGGCCGCACCUGUGAGACAGACAUCGACGACUGCCGGCCAAACCCGUGCCACAAUGGCGGCUCCUGCACAGAUGGCAUCAACGCAGCCUUCUGCGACUGCCUGCCUGGUUUCCGGGGGGCCUUCUGCGAGGAGGACAUCAAUGAAUGCGCCAGCAACCCCUGUCGCAACGGCGCCAACUGCACGGACUGCGUGGACAGCUACACGUGCACCUGCCCCGCUGGCUUCAGAGGGAUCCACUGUGAGGAUAACACACCUGACUGCACCGAGAGUUCCUGCUUCAAUGGAGGCACCUGCGUGGACGGUAUCAACUCCUUCACCUGCCUGUGUCCACCUGGCUUCACGGGUAGCUACUGCCAACAUGACGUCAAUGAGUGUGACUCUCGGCCCUGCCUGCACGGAGGCACCUGCCAGGACAGCUACGGAACCUACAAAUGCACCUGCCCCCAGGGCUACACCGGUGUGAAUUGCCAGAACCUGGUGCGCUGGUGUGACUCCUCCCCCUGCAAGAACGGUGGCAAAUGCUGGCAGACCAACACACUGUACCAGUGCAAGUGCCACAGCGGCUGGACUGGCCUCUACUGCGACGUGCCCAGCGUGUCUUGUGAGGUGGCUGCACGGCAGCAAGGUACACGCCUCGCCAACCUGUGCCGCCAUGGUGGUCUCUGCAUGGAUGCAGGCAACACCCACCACUGCCAUUGCCAGGCCAGCUACACUGGCAGCUACUGUGAGGACCAGGUGGACGAGUGCUCCCCCAGCCCCUGCCAGAACGGCGCCACCUGCACGGACUACCUGGGUGGCUACUCCUGCGAGUGUGUCGCCGGCUACCAUGGGGUCAACUGCUCUCUGGAAAUCAACGAAUGCCUGUCCCAGCCAUGCCAGAAUGGGGGUACCUGUAUCGACCUUGUCAGCACCUACAAGUGCUCCUGCCCUAGGGGCACUCAAGGUGUGCACUGCGAGGUGAACGUGGAUGAUUGCUCCCCGCCUAUGGACCCCAACACCCGGAGCCCCCGCUGCUUCAACAAUGGCACCUGUGUGGACCAGGUGGGCGGCUACAGCUGCGUCUGUCCGGCAGGCUUCGUGGGCGAGCGCUGUGAGGGUGACGUCAACGAGUGCUUGUCCAACCCCUGCGAUGCCCGUGGCACCCAGAACUGUGUGCAGCGGGUCAACGCCUUCCACUGCGAGUGCCGGCCUGGCUACACCGGCCGCCGCUGUGAGUCGGUCAUCAACGGCUGUCAGAGCCAACCGUGCCGGAACGGGGGCACAUGCGCCGUGGCCGCCAACACUGCCCGUGGCUUCAUCUGUAAAUGCCCUGCGGGCUUCGAGGGCGCCACCUGUGAGAAUGACGCCCGCACAUGUGGCAGCCUGCGCUGCCUCAACGGGGGCACCUGCCUGUCCGGCCCGCGCAGCCCCACCUGCCUGUGCCUGGGCGCCUUUACCGGCCCCGAGUGCCAGUUCCCAGCCAGCAGCCCCUGCGUGAGCCUCAGACCCUGCUACAACCAGGGCACCUGCGAACCCACCUCGGAGAGCCCCUUCUACCGCUGCCAGUGCCCCCCCAAGUUCAAUGGGCUCAACUGCCACAUUCUGGACUACAGCUUCGGGGGUGGCGUGGGGCGUGACGUCCCACUCACGCAGAUCGAGGAAGUCUGCGAGAAGCCCGAGUGCCACGCGGACGCCGGCAACAAGCUUUGCAACGUCAACUGUAACAACCACGCCUGCGGCUGGGACGGCGGCGACUGCUCCCUCAACUUCGACGACCCCUGGAAGAACUGCUCCCGCUCGCUGCAGUGCUGGGAGUACUUCAGCAACGGCCGCUGCGACGCCCAGUGCAACUCGGCCGGCUGCCUCUUCGACGGCUUCGACUGCCAGGGCGGCGGGGGCCAGUGCAACCCGCUGUACGACCAGUACUGCAGGGACCACUUCAGCGACGGGCACUGUGACCAGGGCUGCAACAACGCUGAGUGUGAGUGGGACGGGCUGGACUGUGCAGACCGAGUGCCUGAGCGGCUGGCGGCCGGCACGUUGGUGGUGGUGGUGCUGAUGGCGCCAGAGCAGCUGCGUAACAACUCCUUCCACUUCCUGCGUGAGCUGAGUCGCCUGCUGCACACCAACGUGGUCUUCAAGAGGGAUGCACAGGGCCAGCCCAUGAUCUUCCCCUACUACGGCCGCGAGGAGGAACUCCACAAGCACCCCAUCAGGCGGUCGGCCGACGGCUGGACCUCCGAGGGCUGGGCCGCCACGCCUCGCGCCCUCCUCGGCCAGGUGCAGGCCGCGCUGCUGCCUGGAGCUGGGGGCGGACGCCGGCGCAGGGAGCUGGACCCCAUGGACAUCCGAGGGUCCAUCGUGUACCUGGAGAUUGACAACCGCCAGUGCGUCCAGUCCUCCUCCCAGUGUUUUCAGAGCACCACAGAUGUUGCCGCCUUCCUAGGGGCGCUGGCCUCGCUGGGCAAUCUCAACAUCCCCUACAAGAUCGAGGCUGUACAGAGUGAGAGCGUGGAGCCGCCGGCCCCGGCCCCGCUGCACUUCAUGUACGUGGCCGUGGCUGCCUUCCUGUUGCUGGUCUUCGUGGGAUGCGGGGUCCUCUUCUCCCGCAAGCGGCGGCGGCAGCACGGCCAGCUCUGGUUCCCUGAGGGCUUCAAGGUGUCAGAGGCCAGCAAGAAGAAGCGGCGGGAGCCCCUCGGGGAGGACUCCGUGGGCCUCAAGCCCCUGAAGAAUGCUUCGGAUGGCGCCCUCAUGGACGACAACCAGAACGAGUGGGGGGACGAGGACCUGGACACCAAGAAGUUCCGGUUCGAGGAGCAGGUGGUCCUGCCCGACCUGGAUGACCAGACGGACCACCGGCAGUGGACCCAGCAGCACCUGGACGCUGCUGACCUGCGCGUGUCUGCCAUGGCCCCCACGCCACCCCAGGGUGAAGUAGAUGCUGACUGCAUGGAUGUCAACGUCCGAGGGCCCGAUGGCUUCACCCCGCUCAUGAUCGCCUCCUGCAGCGGAGGGGGCCUGGAAACCGGCACCAGUGAGGAGGAGGAGGACGCUCCAGCGGUCAUCUCGGACUUCAUCUACCAGGGUGCCAGUCUGCACAACCAGACCGACCGCACCGGUGAGACCGCCCUGCACCUGGCUGCCCGCUACUCACGUUCCGACGCUGCCAAGCGCCUGCUGGAGGCCAGUGCAGAUGCCAACAUCCAGGACAACAUGGGGCGGACCCCACUGCAUGCAGCUGUGUCCGCCGAUGCCCAGGGCGUCUUCCAGAUCCUGAUCCGGAACCGGGCCACAGACCUGGACGCCCGCAUGCAUGAUGGGACCACGCCUCUGAUCCUGGCUGCCCGCCUGGCUGUGGAGGGCAUGCUGGAGGACCUCAUCAACUCUCACGCCGACGUCAAUGCCGCCGAUGACCUGGGCAAGUCAGCCCUGCACUGGGCCGCUGCCGUAAACAACGUGGACGCUGCCGUUGUCCUCCUCAAGAACGGGGCCAACAAAGACAUGCAGAACAACAAGGAGGAGACACCCCUGUUCCUGGCCGCCCGCGAGGGCAGUUACGAGACAGCCAAGGUACUGCUGGACCACUUUGCCAACCGAGACAUCACAGACCACAUGGACCGCCUGCCGAGGGACAUCGCCCAGGAGCGGGUCCACCAUGACAUCGUGCGUCUCCUGGACGAGCACAACGUGGCACGCAGCCCGCCGCUGCCUGGUGCGGGCCCUGGAGGCCCACCCACCCUGUCGCCCCCGCUCUGCUCCCCGAAUGGCUACCUGGGCAACCUGAAGCCGGCCCUGCAGGGCAAGAAGGCCCGCAAGCCCAGCGCCAAGGGCCUGGCCUGCGGCGGCAAGGAGGCCAAAGAGCUAAAGGCACGGAGGAAGCGGUCACAAGAGGGGAAGGGCUGCCUGCUGGACGGCGCCAGCGUGCUGUCUCCCGUGGACUCGCUUGAGUCGCCACAUGGCUACCUGUCGGACGUGGCCUCCCCGCCCCUGCUGCCCUCCCCAUUCCAGCAGUCACCAUCCCUACCGCUCAGCCACCUGCCGGGCAUGCCCGACGCCCACCUGGGCCUCACGCACCUGGGCAUGGCGGCCAAGCCAGAGAUGGUGCUGGGUGGAGGCAGCCGGCUGCCCUUCGAGGGCCCGCCCCGCCUCUCGCACCUGCCUGUGGCCUCCAGCAGCGGCAGCGCGGCCUUGGGCACCGGCGGGGGCGUGGUGAACCUGGCCGUGGGGGGGACUGCCAGCCUGGGUCAGUGCGAGUGGCUGUCACGGCUGCAGAACGGCCGGGCGCCCAGCCAGUACACCCCGCUGCGUGCCACCCUGACCCCACAGGCACCUGGCCUCCCACACAGCAGCCUGGGUCAGCUGCACAGUGGCCUGCCCCCCGGGCCUCUGCCCCCGAUGGCAAGCUACCCAGGCCUGCCUUCCUCCAGGCUGCCCGCCCAGCCUCACCUGCUGCCGGCCCAGCCACUGCAGCAGGUCCAGCCGCCACAGAACCUGCAGGCCCCACCGAACCUCGGGGUGGGCCCCGCAUCCAGCAGCCACAGCGGCCGCGGCUUCCUGGGCGGAGAGUCGAGCCAGCCGGAGGUGCAGGCGCUGGGCCCCGCGGGGCUGGCUGUGCAUACUGUCCUGCCCUCAGAGAGCCAGGGCCUGCCCACAGCGCUACCGCCCACGCUGGCACCGCCCCUGACCACCGCCCAGUUCCUGACACCCCCAUCACAGCACAGCUACUCCUCACCUGUCGACAACACGCCCAGCCACCAGCUGCAGGUGCCGGAGCACCCCUUCCUCACGCCGUCGCCUGAGUCCCCGGACCAGUGGUCCAGCUCCUCGCCACAUUCCAACAUCUCUGACUGGUCGGAGGGCAUCUCCAGCCCACCCACCAGCCUGCAGUCCCAGAUUGCCCACAUCCCGGAGGCCUUCAAGUAA